AAACAGGGUGGCGAACGGUGGUAAGGGAGGAGUAGGAGGAGGAGAGGAGGAUGGGGAGCAGGAGAGAGCGCAGCGGCAUGGCGUCGAUGAGCGAGGACCUCGUGGCCAACAUCGUGGGGAGGCUGCCGGCGGUCUCCUUCGCGUCGGCGGCGUGCGUCUGCAAGUCGUGGCGGCGAGUCUGCUCCCAAGUCCUCUCUCGCCCCAAGCUCGCCUCUGCCCUCUCCCUCAAUCCUUCCGCUACCAUUGCUUUGCAAGAAGUUGUCGACAAGGUCCUGUCCCAGCCCAUUUUCCCGCAUUUUGCCAUUGUCCACGCGGCCCAAGGUUUUAGCUUGGCGGUUGCUCUUCGAUAUAUUGGUCGCAAGUUGGGGGCUCGAACUCCUGUGAUUGUGUCUCGCGAUGCUGGGAUCAUUGGAAUAGAUGCCGCUACCAAUGAAGUCAAAGAGGUCGAAUGGGAAGAUGAUAGUGAGGAUGAGGUAAUUGAAAUCAACAGAAAUCAUGGCAUUGUCCUGACCGUGGGAUUUGUACCUGGACUCAAAGUUGAUUGCAUCCCACUCGUGCGGCUGGCGGAGGGAACUGCAAUGGUUGACAAGUUCAUCAUGGACAUAAGAGAAUAUUCGACUUCUAUCUCUGGUUGCGCAGCGCCAGUUGGACUGAUCAUGUUCGGAAAUGAAAGUGCUGAUAUCAAAUAUGCUGUAGAGAAACUAGAUAGUGCAAUGCCUGUGGAAACUGCAAUUGUGGGUGAUGAGAGAGGCACGUGUCUGUACAGAACUGUGAAUGAUUUGAGAAAUGUCCAUGGGAGUCAGGAAUGUUACACUGAUGCCGUUGCUCUUGUAUUUGCCAAAGAAAGGAAUAGCUCUCCUGCUGUUGGUGAAAUCAGAUUUCAUGUGGUGCUAUCAGAUGGAGUUUCAGUGGUAGGUCCAAGGUACAGGGCCGUUUCUGUUAGGACCCGUGAUGAUGUUACCUGGUUAACUGCUAGAAGAGAAGGACAAACAGAAGUUCUUGACGGGGAAAGCAUUCUCAAUGAAAUCUAUGACGAGAUGGACAAUCGUGUCGAGUACCCUGAACUUUAUAUCAGAGUUACCAAAAGAAGAAAACAUGCCAUUGGGGCAGAGAAGGCAAAGCUGAUUACCUCUUUGUCAUUUCAUCUGGUGCACAGAGGGGAUGAGGAAUAUCUAUAUGUCAAUGGGGCCAGCAUUAAAACUGGCGAUUACUUUCAGUUUUACUAUGCGGAUCCCGCUGCUGCAGUCGCCUCAUGCAAUGAAGUCAGCACGAGUCUAAGAAGUUUGAACCUGGGAUGCAAUUCCAAGAGCUCUUAUCAGGCAGCGGGCAGCGCUGGUAAUGCGGAUAAAGCUGAAGUUUUUGGAGGGUUAAUGUUUGCUUGUUGUGGACGUGGAGCAGCAUUCUUUGGUCGCCCCAAUGUCGAUAGCUCGCCAUUCGUGGAGAACUUUCCUGGAGCUCCAUUGGCAGGAAUAUUUUGUGGCGGGGAGAUCGGCUGUUGCUCAAUGAGGUCGGGUGACCAAGGUAGCCGAGGAGGGAGCUCUACCCACCAUUGUUGCCAUGUAUAUAGCACCGUUUAUCUUGUAAUGUCAUACACGCCAGCGCCUUCGGGGACCACCCUUAGAUGCUAGAGCAUGACCAGGGGUUUAUAUGCAGCAUUCAUGGAUUUUGUGCUGAACUUUGGUUUGGCGCAUUAUGUAAUGGUAUGAAUGGCGAUGGAACAGGUGUUAACCAACAGUCAAUCAAGGAGUGUUUUUUA